CCCCGAGUACGUCCUCCAGCUUUGCCGAAGUUUGAGAGUUCUUCGGUUGGUGGUUGGUGGUGUCCGAAGUAAGUACCGUCGAAGAGGAUCGCCGCCGCCACCGCGGUUUCCGUCUCCGCCGUCGUCGCCGUCGCUUCCUCGAAGAUCCGGUUGUCACACACGAAUCGAUCGAGAUCGAGUGGUCUCGCAGAAGCCAGCCGGCGCCGGAUUCGUCGAUCUCGAGGCACGCGAGAUCCACGUCGUCGUCAUCGUCGUCUUCUUCGACGGCGGGACCAGACGUCACGUUCGGGGACGUUCCAGAGCGACUCUCUAUCCGGCGACAGCGUCCUCCACGCAGCUACGCGGGCUUGAGGCGCGCGGACGUCUUCUCUUCGGCGGCGAACGCACACCCCGCGAGCGCACUCAGGAUCGCGCGGAUAAUAUGGGUGUCAACGUCGUGCCGUUGGUCGUGAUAGCGAUGGUACCGAUCAUCACCGGCAGUUUCGGACAGCGUGCCAUCGGCAAGAGAAGCAGCUCGGCCAACAUUCUCGCCAACGACGAUUACCCCGAUUAUCCGGCCAAAUACGACGAUUAUCCGGUAGUAACGUCGAAGAGAGCGGCUCUGCUGUUCGACCAGCUGAUGGUAGCCCUACAGAAGGUCGUCGAUCAGGGAAAAGGUUCAAUCGACAGUCCCUUCGCCACCGACCCGGAGCCUGUACCCGUGAUUCAGAAAGAUCGUUCGAUGGAUUUGCAACGACGCGGGCAGGGUAAAAGCCAGGUUUAUUGGCGUUGCUAUUUCAACGCGGUGACGUGCUUCAGGAGGAAGUGAUAAUAACCCAGCCGUCGUCAGUCUUCCUCGAGCCCGCAGACCAAAGGAGUGCCGCCGC